UGUUUCAUUACUGUCACUGACUGGGUGAGUGCGAGCGAGUCAGAGGUGAGUGACUCGUGUAAGAAUGCGGCUCAUCAGGUUUUUAACUUCUGCCCCGACUGGUUCGACUCAUCAGAGUCGAGGAAAGUCUUCCGUGGACGUCGCAGUGAACCAGAGCCUGUGGAGGUUUUUCUACAACGACAGUCAGACUUUGAUCCGGCUGUUUUCUGGGAAGCCGUCAGCAACAGCAGCAGCAGAACUUCGUCACGUGUCCUGAGGCCGUCCCCUGCUCGGACCAGAACCUGCAAGAAAAUGUCUGUGAAUCUGAGUAAGAACGGUGCUGCACUCACAGCCGCCUAUAGAGAAGUGGUGGACGGAAAGUCAGACACAAACUGGGUGCUUUUUACUUAUGAAGGGAACAGUAAUGAUAUCCGGCUGGCAGAGAAAGGAGACGGUGGAUUAGAGGAGAUGGUCGAGGAGUUGAACAGCGGGAAGGUGAUGUACGCUUUCUGUCGUGUCCAAGACCCGAACUCUGGUCUGCCCAAAUAUGUCCUCAUAAACUGGACAGGUGAAGGUGUGAAAGACUCUCGGAAAGGUUUGUGUGCCAAUCACGUGAGCGCCAUGGCCAACUUCCUGAAGGGAGCACACGUGACCGUGAACGCUCGGGGAGAGGACGACGUGGAACCGGACGCCAUCUUGGACAAAGUGGCCAAAGCGUCUGGAGCCAACUUUAAUUUCCACAAACCGACACAAGGGUACAGAGACGCUCCCCGAGGUCCUGUGGGAUCUGUUUACCGCAAAAUCAACGCUGUGGAGGAAAUUCAACAAACCAAAAAGGACGACUUCUGGGUCCAAGCUCAGAGAGACGAAGAAGUUCGUCAACGGGAGGAGAACAAACGAGCAGAGCAGGAGAGGCAACAGCUGGAGAGGGAGAGGAGGGAGAUGGAGGAGAAACAGGCGAAGGAGAGGGAGAGGAAAGCCAAGGAGAGAGCUCAGCAGAUCGAGCAGGAGAAGAUUCUUCAGAAGCAGAGAGAAGAAGAGGAAAGAGAGAGAGAGCAACAACGACAGAACCAGCCGGAAAACGAAAACAAGAGGACGGGAAUUAACUUUGCCGCAUCGGUUCAGAAAGCUAAUGAAGCCAAAUCACUGAUCUCUCAGAGAUCAUUUAAUCCCAGAGACGUAUUCAAGCAGAGGGAGCAGAGCUUUGAGGCCAACAACAGGCCGUCUCCUGCUGCAUCCAGACCAGGGAAGCUGCAGAGUCCGUUUAUAUCCCAGAAAUCCUUCGAGAGGGAAACCCCGGAGCAGCCUCCAGCUCCUGCUGUGGUCCCGGCCUCCUCCAUGUCCCUGUCUCCUAUCUCACCUGUGUCACCUGUGUCACCUGUGCUGUCUUACUCACCUGUUGCGGCUGUCUCCCUGACACCACCGGAGACAACGGGCUCACCUGUUCAAACUGCAGACUCUGCUUAUACAGAAGAAGAUGAAUGGUCAGAUGAGUUUGAUGAUGAUGGCGAUGAUGCUACUCCAGGGGAAACUCCAGCUCAGGAUGAAUCGUAUGAAGCACCACGGCCUGUCGGGAUGGAGGAGGACCUGUAUGAAGAUGUUUACCAGCACACCUCACAGGUGAGUCCGCUCUUGUUUGAUGUGCUUCCUUCAGAAAGGAACAUUUCGUCCUCUUAUCUGUCGCUCUCCUGGUUCACUCUCACCGCCCUCGCAGCGUCGUCCAGUCAGCCCAGCUCGGCGUCUGUCUUUCAGCCUUUUAUUUCACCAAGCUCUCACCAACCACUAAAAGUCAGUCCCACAUUUACUCGAUUAAAAGAGUCGGUUUCUGGUUCUGGUCUGGUCGGGUUCCGUCUACCUCCAGCAGCCAUGCCGCGGGUCAGAGCAGGUACCGGGGCGGCCCGGCGGCAGGCCGGAGACAGACGCUCGGAGCAGUAA